CCUGUGCCAGAGCUGGAGGGAAUGACUCCUUCUCCGGGGUUUCCCACCAGCUGGGAAGAGAACUUGGGAAACGUGACCUUCCCAGUCCUGUGCUCGCUUUGCCGGACGAUACUUCCUCUGUUAUUCAAGGCUGAAGGCAAAACCCGGCUGAGUAUUAACAGCUUAUUGUACGGCUCCCGUUUCAUUGAUGGAAACAGGCUGGGAUCCAGUACAUCCUACGACAGCAAAAAUGAGGAUAUUACCCAUCCCCAGUCCCAGGAGGAGAAGCAGAGAAACUGCUGGCUCCCUGAGCCCGCAGAUGGUUACAAUACAGUGAAGAGCGCUCUCACUGUACAGGAAUAUUUCGCCAAGCGCAUGGCGAAACUGAAGGGACCCCAGAACGAAACGGAAACAAAGGUAGAUGAUUCCUGCCCGACAGCUGACGAAGUUUUGGAGCCUUCAGAAGAACUGAGAACCAAAGUCAAAAAGAAAAAGAAGAAGCAGAAGAGAGCUGAGGCAGAGAGGACAGAGCAUUGCGAGAAACCAGAAGCGAAACAAUCUAAGAUAGGUGGCUUGAAUGGAAAGGAACUGGAUGCUCCGUUAAGUGAAUCUCACUCAGGGAAAAAGAAAAGGAAACAUAAAGAGCAGCAGGAGGGGGAAGGGAUUAGUUGUGAUGAAAAUACGGGCUAUGGAGGAAUUUAUACGGGAAUAUCUGAGGGGGAAGAUCUCGGUGUAAGGGACUAUGAGGCAAAGCAAAAGAAACGCCAUAAGAAGCAACACAAAAGGCAAGAAGAGGAGACAGAGGAGCGUAUCGAAGGAGCGCAGAGAAAGAAAAAGAAGCACUGCAAGCACGUUUAA